AUGGUUGUGGGCUAUGUCGACCCCAACUUUCCUAAUCCUAUGGGACCGCAUGACGCGAGGAUAGUAAUCUAUGGAUAUACACCCAGUCUCGCAGUCGGUAUCCUCGGCGUAGCGUUAUUUCUCUUAGCAAGUGGUCUCCAUCUCUGGCUGCUUCUCAAGACGAAGACAUGGUACUUCAGUACUAUGCUCGUCGGGCUCGUGCUUGAGAUUGUGGGCUACAUCUUCCGUAUACUCUCGAGCCAGCAGGAUCCGUAUUCUAUCCCAUGGUUUGUUGUGCAAUACUUCACCAUUGUUGUUGCCCCAGUCUUCUUCAGUGCCGCGAUUUACACCAUCGUCUCCGUCCUCAUCAGCAUAUACGGCCGCGAGCACGCCGUCCUGCCACCGAAUGUCAUUUUAGGGGUCUUCAUCACGUUCGACGUCGUCGCUACAAUCAUACAGAUAGCUGGUGCAGCUUUGGUUGGAGUAGCCUACUCCAACGAAAAGGACCCAACCACACCGAGCAACAUCCUCCUCGCAGGCUUAUCGAUACAGGUCGCCUCAUUUGCCAUCUUCUUGGUGGUGCUUGGCUGGACGCUGAUCCGAGCACGUCAGAGCUCGGCCAAAGUCAGCUCGGUGUUCUUGACAACGCUGAUUCUUGCCACUCUGGCGAUCUUCUUACGCACAUGCUUCCGUGUAGCUGAGGGUGCCGAAGGUCUGAUGUCCGCGCUCUCCGUCCAUGAAGCAUAUUUUGGAGCACUGGAGUUUGCGCCGGUCGUGGUCGCCGUCUUCUUGCUGGCUUAUGGGCAUCCGGGCAGGUACCUGAAGCGACCCGGCCGCCAAGAUGAGAAGAGAAUGGAGCCUAAUGCAGGCAUGACAUCGUAA